ACUGGCAGGUGGCCAGAACGUGCAUCAGCUGCGUGGACCAAGGAGGCUGGGCCGUUUUCCUUCGAACCGGUUCUCUAGUGUCUCUGCAGAAGCAGUUGUCAAAUUUUCACCUUGCGAGUCAUAACCCGGAGGCGGAGGUCUCAACCCGGAGUCCGAGAGAGGUCUUGAGUCUGCACCUUUGAGACAGGAGUCAAGAACUGCAAUGGUGAACAUAUUCUGAUCUUUUAAUAUCAUUGUGUCCCAAUUCUGGGCUUGGGUGGAAUCAUUUGUUUGGUCUGUUAUUGUCCAUCUGCAAAUCCUAUAUGAGCUGGUUUUAUUUAGGAGUUAGAAAUGGAAUCAAGAUAUCUUCAAAAGUGUCUGGGGACAUGCCUAACUCAAGGUCUCACAGAAGUUGCCAGAGUUCGCCCAUUGGAUCCAAUUGAAUAUUUAGCCUUUUGGCUUUAUAAGCACAAGGAAAACAUGAACAUGGAGCAAAUGAGACAGAGAGAAAUGAUUACGUUGGAGCAUGAGAGAGAAUUAGCCAUGAUGGAGCAGGAAAUGCUGGAGCGACUCAAAGCAGAAGAACUCUUAUUUCAGCAGCAGUUGGCAUUCCAGUUGGAGUUGGAAAUGCAACAAAAAGAGAAACAGAAGUCAGAAGAUUUCGAGACAGGGCAAGAAAAAUCAUUUAAGAGCAUGAUGAGCAUGGAGAGCACGGCUAGGGGUGAGGAGCAGGAGCCCAUGCAGGCGGAGGAAUUGGUGAUGGACUCGGGUAAAACCCUAGCGGAGAUCAGCGAUCGGUACGGGGCGCCUAACUUGAGCCGGGUGGAAGAACUUGAUGAGCCAAUGUUAUCUGAUAAUGGUGUCUCGGCGCCUCCCUGAAUCGUGGCGGCAGCACAAAUAUAACCAGAAUAGACUUAAGUUUGACUCAAGAGAUGGGGGAGAGGGAGCCGAAAAGGAAACCCAGCCUUUGUCCCCGAGCAGCCGAGCUGUUACCUUAAACAUUGAUCAAGAUCUGUAGGACCAACCAACUGAAAAGAAAUAUUUUCUACCUGUUUCAAACUUCAAAUCACAAGGGCCCUAACAUGUAUUUUUCUCUUUUCAAACUUGGACCCUACUCCCCUUCCCACCAACUCACUAACUUUAUAAACAGGCUUCAACUGUAUCCUUAAAAUAAAGGGCACAUAUCUCAAUA